UCAUUGCUUAGGAAGAAACGGGAAGAUGUCUCUGACGAGCUUUUUACCGGCGCCGACCCAGCUGUCCCAAGAUCAGUUGGAGGCAGAGGAGAAGCUCCGGGCCCAGAAGUCCUACUCUACCGCCCUGGUUGCAUCCCGUAGAGAGCCCCCUCCUUAUGGACACAGAAAAGGCUGGAUACCUCGCUCACUCGAGGACUUUGGAGAUGGAGGUGCUUUCCCAGAGAUCCAUGUGGCUCAGUUUCCUCUGGAGAUGGGUAGAAAGAAGAAGACAUCAAAUGCCCUGGCAGUACAAGUGGACGCAGAAGGAAAGAUUAAAUAUGAUGCCAUUGCAAGACAAGGACAGGGAAAGGAUAAGGUGAUCUUCAGUAAAUACACAGACCUGCUUCCAAAGGAAGUUCUCAAUGAAGAUGCUCCAGGACUACAGAAGCCAGAUGAGGAGGCUAUACAAGAGCUCACAGAGAAGACCCGUGCAGCCCUGGAGAAGCAGGUGUCUCAAAAAAUCGCUGCUGCCAUGCCUGUAAGAGCCGCAGACAAACAAGCUCCUGCACAGUACAUCAGGUACACCCCGUCCCAACAGGGAGUGGCAUUUAAUUCAGGGGCCAAACAGAGGGUGAUCCGCAUGGUGGAAAUGCAGAAAGACCCCAUGGAACCUCCACGGUUUAAAAUCAACAAGAAGAUUCCUCGCGGACCGCCUUCUCCCCCUGCCCCUGUGAUGCAUUCUCCAAGCAGAAAGAUGACGGUCAAGGAGCAGCAAGAGUGGAAGAUUCCACCGUGCAUCUCCAACUGGAAGAACGCUAAGGGCUACACCAUCCCACUCGACAAACGUCUGGCUGCUGAUGGGAGGGGUCUUCAAACGGUUCACAUCAAUGAAAACUUUGCCAAGCUGGCUGAGGCCCUCUAUAUUGCUGAUAGAAAGGCCAGAGAGGCCGUGGAGAUGCGAGCUCAGGUAGAGAAGAAGAUGGCUCAGAAGGAGAAGGAAAAGAAGGAGGAGAAGCUGAGGGAGCUGGCCCAAAUGGCUCGAGAUCGCAGGGCAGGGAUCAAAAGUCACGGUGACAAAGGUGGCGAGGACAGCGAGGCCAGGGAGCGUGACGAGAUCCGCCACGACAGAAGGAAAGAGAGGCAGCACGACAGGAACAUUUCCAGAGCUGCUCCCGAUAAGAGGUCGAAGCUGCAGAGAGAUCAGGACAGGGACGUCAGCGAGCUCAUCGCUCUGGGCAAGCCCAACCCUCGAUCCUCCAGCGAGGCGCAAUAUGACCAGAGACUCUUCAAUCAGAGCAAGGGUAUGGACAGCGGCUUUGCUGGUGGUGAAGAUGAGACGUACAACGUGUAUGACCAGCCUUUCCGCAGUGGCAGAGAUAUGGCCUCCAACAUCUACAGGCCCAGCAAGAAUAUAGACAAAGAUGCUUACGCAGAUGAUUUGGACUCNNUCCUGUCCACUUUCAGGUUUGCCCCAGACAAAGAGUUCUCAGGCGCCGACCACGGGCAGAGGCGCGAAGGACCCGUUCAGUUUGAGGAGGAUCCCUUCGGUCUGGAUAAAUUUUUGGAGCAAGCCAAGCAGCACGGCGGCUCUAAGAGGCCAUCCACUAGCAACCGCUCCAAGGAUGACUACCACGACAAGAAGCGCAGGAAGGAGUGAGAGCAGCUCGGUGCAC